UUCACGAGGUUGGGCGUUUCAGGGCGAGGCGUCAUUCUUUAAAACAACACCAACCCAAAACAUUUCAUUCAGUUGUGACACACAGGAGAACUUCAGAGUAUUUUAUAGGUUGUGAAAAUGGAGUCCUUGUCUGCAGCAAACACAGAAUUCUCUCUCAAUCUGUUCAAGAAGAUCGGUGAGAAGGGAAAAGGAACGAAUGUCUUCUACUCUCCUCUCAGCAUCUCUUCCGCUCUGGCUAUGGUGUCACUCGGUGCCAAAGGAAACACGCAAGCUCAGAUGUUACAGGUUCUGUGUCUUAACAAACUUGUUAAAGCUGACGGCGCAACGCCUGGACCAUCAGCUCAACAGCCGAGCCCGAAACCCCAGACAGCCGUCAGCAGCAAGGGUCAAUCUCAACCGCCAAUGAUGCAACAGACCCAGAAAUCACUGAUACCUGACUUCCUCAAGUCGAAAUUUCCUGCUCAGCCAAAACCCGGAAGCAAAAGUGAAGAUCUUAUUCAUUCCAGCUUCAGCAAGCUCAUGAGUGAGUUGAACAAACCAGGAGUCCCAUAUAUGUUGAGUCUUGCCAAUCGUCUCUACGGAGAGAAAUCCUACCAGUUUAUUGACAAAUUCAUUAGCGACUCGCAAAAAUACUACCAGGCCAGACUGGAGCCUGUGGACUUUAAACAAAACGCAGAAGCGGCACGAGUCAACGUCAACAAGUGGGUGGAGAAGACGACGCAAGGAAAGAUCAAGGAUUUGCUGAAACCCGGGGUCCUCGAUAAUAUGACGCGUUUGGUCUUGGUGAACGCCAUCUACUUCAAGGGCAACUGGGAGAAAAAAUUCUUAAAGGAAGCCACUGUUGAGCAGCAGUUUAGACUUAGCAAGAAUGAAACGAAGAAGGUGAAGAUGAUGAACCAGAAGUCAAAGUUUCCUCUGACCUUCAUCCCAGAGGUGAACAGUCAGAUCCUGGAGCUGCCGUAUGUCGGGAAGAAUCUGAGUAUGCUGAUCGUCCUUCCAAAUGAGAUUGAGGACGACACCACUGGCCUUCAGAAGCUGGAGAAAACACUGACCUAUGAGAAGCUCACGGACUGGACCAAACCCGACAACAUGAGCGUACAAGAGGUUCAGAUAUCUCUGCCCAAAUUCAAGCUGGAGGAAACGUACGACAUGAAGAGUCUUCUGGAGAGCCUGGGAAUGGUGGAUGCUUUUGAUGUGGGGAAGGCAAACUUCUCGGGCAUGUCCGCCAGCGACGAUCUGGUUCUGUCUAAAGUGAUUCAUAAAUCUUUCGUUGAAGUCAAUGAAGAAGGAACAGAAGCAGCGGCGGCUACUGCGGCCGUUAUAAUGACCAGAAGUGUAAUGAUUCCUCUGUUUUUUAACGCUGAUCAUCCGUUCCUGUUCUUCAUUCGACACAAUCCCACCAAGAGCAUUCUGUUUUAUGGACGCUUUUGCUCUCCAUGAGCUGUGUCAUUCUGUUCCUAAAAGAGUGUUUAUUUUUGCUUGUGCUUUUCCUGUGUUAAAAAAGAUCAAUUAAAUUGUUCUGGAAAAACUU